AUGCAAUUGGUUUAUAGUGUGUUCAAUUUUUCUACUUUGUGUUAUAUCAUGAAGGAUUUUGUGAUUGAGGCACUGAGAUCAAUAGCAGAAUUGAUAACAUAUGGUGACCAACAUGAUACAGCCUUUUUCGAGUGCGGCUUCUCAACCUUUUUUGUUCUUAUAUGCAAAUUUAGUUUCUUCUAUUUUCCAUUUAUUUUUUUCAUACGGUUUUUUAUGGAGAAACAGGUCAUGGGGGAGUUUGUGCGUAUACUGAAAAUUAGUAGAACUAGUAUUGUUUCACUUCAGUUAUUGCAGACAAUGAGCAUUAUGAUCCAAAACCUAAAAAGUGAACACUCUAUAUAUUACAUGUUCAGUAAUGAACAUAUUAAUUAUUUUAUAACUUAUUCCUUUGACUUCCGCAAUGAAGAGCUAUUGUCUUUCUACAUAUCCUUUUUGAGAGCAAUAAGCGGAAAGCUGAACAAGAAUACGAUUUCUGUGCUCGUUAAAACUCGAAAUGUAAGAGCUCUUUGCCUGGAUGAACCACAUAUGACAUUCUUCCAUGACUACCUCAAUGUGGAGGUUCGGAGCAAGGCCAGUUGUAGACCUCGAAAUCACAGCAGUCUCGUUUCAUCAUCAUUAUCUCUGUUCUAUAAAGCUGUCACUGUCGUCAUCGCUCCUCAUCAUAUUGAUUUUGUAUUUACCAUCACCAGUAACUUAUGUCGCUUUUUGAAGUUUGCAUUAUUAAUCACUCACUUUCAACCUUGUCGGGCCCCUUACAGUUGA